UUAAGGGAACAAAUUAUAAAAGUAAAAGGUUCAGAUACGGUUCCGAUGGUAUUAGUUGGUAACAAAUGUGAUCUUGAAAAAGAUAGAAUGGUUACCAGACAACAGGGCCUUGCGCUUUCCCAAAGAUGGGGUCAAACGGCCUUCUAUGAAACUUCUGCUAGACAACGGAUUCAUGUAGAUGAAGUCUUUUAUGAUUUA